GGCGGCCGCGCGCGGAACGGCGGCGGAACGGCGCGGCUGCGGCCGGUGUUCCUGGCGGAGCGCGGGGAGGUGGCACCGCGGCUGCGAGAGCAUGGCCGCGCCCUGGGCCGCCCGCGGGGUGCGGGCCGGAAAACGGUACAUCUCCACACCAGCUUUCUCUCAGCUGACGCCCAGUGAGGUAGUUCGGAUGCGUAAUGAGCUCUUCACCAAAGAGAAAGAGAGACAAUUGUCUCUUCACCCACGGAUUGAGAAAAUUGAAGUGAAAUACACUGGGAAGCAGCAUUGUGGCAGUGUGUUUGUCAUGAACAAGGCUCUGUCUACGCCGUAUAACUGUGCCAUGCAUUUAAGCGAAUGGCAUUGCCAGAACUCUGUUCUGGCUUUUGUGGAUGGUGAAAUCUGGGACAUGUACAGACCCCUGACCAAAUCAUGUGAAAUUCAGUUCCUUACCUUCAAAGAUGAAGAUCCAGAGGAAGUAAACAAGGCAUAUUGGCGUUCCUGUGCCAUGAUCAUGGCGUGUGUGCUAAAGCGAGCAUUCAAGGAUGAAUACUCUGUCAACCUUGUUAAAGCUCCAGAAGUGCCAGUGAUCUCUGGAGCUUUCUGUUAUGAUGUGGUUUUGGACAGUAAACUGAAUGACUGGAAACCAACAAGCGACAACUUCCGUUCUCUUUCAAGGGAUGCCAAAAAGCUGAUCCACCAAGACCUGCCCUUUGAAACACUGCAUGUUGAAGCAAAAGUAGCAUGUGAAAUGUUUCAGCAUAAUAAAUACAAAAUGGAGAUGAUAGAAAGAAAAGCUGCUCAGAAUAUGGAAGGAAUUGUACCAUUACAUAGGUUUGGUGACUUUGUAGAUGUUAGUGAAGGUCCUCAUAUUCCAAGAACAAGUUUCUGUUUCCAGUAUGAGAUAACAGCAGCCCAUAAUCUUCAGACUGACCAGUCUGAAUUGAUAAGAAGAUUCCAGGGUGUGUCCUUACCUGUCCAUUUGAAG